UUUUAUAUUUAAUUUAUAUGUUUAAUAAACAAUAUGGAUACUUGAAAUUGUAAACAACAAUAAAACGAAUUAAAGCAGUGAAUAAAACGACAUAAUAUGUACUAAUUUAAGAAAAUAUAUAUACUUUAUUAUGUGAUCUUGCAAGCUUUCAACUCAAUGUGUUUCCGGACCCGCGAAUUUUGAAAUGAAAAUGUCUGCAACAAAUUCGGUAUUACAUGAAACCGAUGAAAUUAGUACAAAUAAAGAUUUAUUGGAUGGGAAUCAAUAUAUUCAUACAAAUAAUACAAAUUUGUUACCAAGAAUGGAUUCGGGUGGUUUAUUAGAUGUUGCUACUGCAGCUGGUUUAUACUUGUCAGGUGGGUCUGGAGUUUUACCUCCUCCAGAUCAGUAUCCUCCCGAGGAAAUUCUAUCAGCACAAGAUUUAACAGAAGAGGAUAGAAAAUUAGCAGCGGCAUUAGUUGCCGUACAAUUUGUUCAACAGCAAAAACAGCAACAAUUAUUACUGCAUGAUGCAACGGUCUCAUCGGCUUCAAAUGGUUCUGAAGUUACUCACAAUUCUUUGCCCAACAUAGCUAAUAUUGGUUCCGAUAAAAUUGGAUCCAUGGAAGAUAAUUUAGUUGACACUCAAUUAUUAUUUUCACAUGAUAAUAAAUCAUCAAUGAAUUCAGUUGCCAUAUCACAGUACGCAUGUUCUUUAGAGAAUAAUCGACUAGCUCAUAUUAAAAUAUCCAAUGACAAUGAAAAUGUUUCGACAAAUAAUUUAACGAUAUUAAACCAAAAUCCACGGAAAUCACAAUCUCAUUCCAGAAGUAAAAACACCAAACGUUCAAAUAAUAAACACUAUAUGACUGGAGGCACAAGAACAGCUUCAAAAUAUAGUCUUUUACCAUCUACGUCAUCGGCAACAUCAAAUUUUCGAGAAAACAAUGAUUUUGAUAUCACAAUUAAAAGUGAAGAUGACGAUUUACCAGAUUUUAGUGAUGAUUUAGAUUCAGAUCUCGACGAUGAUGUUAUUGCAACACAUUCUGCAAAAAAAAGUUUGCCACAUAAAAAACGAAUAUCUAGAAAAUUAAAAACUAAUCCAACAAAACUUUUACCAGCUGCAAAAAAUUCAAAUCUCUAUUCGAAAUGUAUAAAGUGUACGAAAUGUGGUGAACCUGUACGAAAUAUUAAAGACUUAAAUAAAGAUUUUUCAACGGGUGAUAAUUCGGCCCAAAAAAAUGGCCCAAUUACAUUUCAUUGUCAAAUAUGUUCGCAAAUAUUCGAUAGCCAAUUACUGUUUUAUGAACAUUUAAAAAACCAUUAUGAACCGGAAGCAAUUGAUGUACAGAAACAGAGAUCCGAAGAUGUACUCCAUACAGAAAGUUUAAAACAAUUAGAAACAACUAAACAAGGAUCUGUGAUGGUAACAUAUCCUGCAUUUACACUUAAGUGUCCAGAAUGUGAUAAAACAUUUCGUCGACAAAAAGCAUUUGAUUUACAUAUGCGUGAUGUGCAUCCAAAAGUCAAUAAAAUGGAAAUGGAAGAAUUUAGUGAAACAGAAGAUUUAAUGGAAGGUAUACGUGUUGUAGUAGAUGGUGAAAGUUGUAGUAAUGAUAAUGGUGUGAAUGUAUUAACAAAUGGACAUCAAACGCAUUCAGAUUUAGAUCAUAUUGUAUCAAUUCGAAAUUCACAUUCUCAACAAAUAUUAACAAGUUCGAAUGUUAUUGUAAAUGAUUCAAAAGUGUGGUAUCGAGAAGAUGAACUUCAUGCAACAGAAGCAGAUUUACAGGAAUUAGAGGCACAACAAUUAAAAGAACAACAAAUUCAGUUAGAAAAUUCAUUAACUUCUUAUAUUUGUAAUUUAUGUGGUUCUGUAUUUGAACAACGAAUAUAUCUUCAACAACACAUGUCUGAAUGUUAUUUAGUAUUAAAACAAGAAGCUGAAUUAUUAAAUUCACCAUCACAAGUUAUAGGAAAAUUGGAUACUGAAGAAGAUGAUGGUACUGAUUUAAAAGAUUUAAUAAAUAAAAAAUAUCGUAAAAAGAAGGGUCAUUUAAUAUGUACGAUAUGUGAUCGUGUAUUUAAUCAUCGUAACUCAUUGGUCUAUCAUUUGCGAAGUCAUUCUGGUGAACGACCCCAUCAAUGUGAACAAUGUGGAAAAAGUUUCUUUGCCACCAGUGCAUUAAAGGUCCAUAUGCGUCUACAUUCGGGUGAUAAACCUUAUAAAUGUGAAUUCUGUGGUCGGCAUUUUCGUCAAUGGGGUGAUCUCAAAUAUCAUUGUAUCUCAUUACACUCAAAUCAACGUCAAUAUCAAUGUGAAUAUUGUGGUAAAGAUUUUGCACGAAAAUAUUCUCUUAUUGUACAUAGGCGAAUUCAUACCGGAGAAAAAAAUUACGAGUGUGAAUAUUGUAAGAAAACAUUUCGUGCAUCUAGUUAUUUACAAAAUCAUCGUAAAAUCCACACAGGAGAAAAACCACAUCCCUGUGAAAUAUGUGGAAAACCGUUCCGUGUACGAUCAGAUAUGAAGAGGCAUAUGAAUACGCAUAAUCGUGAUCGUUUCAAUAAAGGCUGUUCUUCGAAUGAUAUUAAAACAAAUUUAUCCGAUGAUUCGGAUCAAGCUGAAAUGAGUGUAGAAUCAGUGAAUCCUGUACCCGAGGAGAUUAAUGUACCUGCAAAUAAUACAAAAGAGAAAGAAGAAGUACAUAUACCACUUAUACCAAAAACUGAAGCAUCAAUUUCAGUGAAAACAAUGGAUCCAUUACAAACACCCAAAGAAGAGGAUUUAUCAGCAGGUACAUUAUAUACGGUGCCAGGUGAUCCGUUAACCAUCAAAGAGGGUAAUAAUACGGUAUAUGUUUGGCCGGUGUAUAUGAGUUAAAUUACUAAUUAAUCAUAAUAAUUAAGAAUCUGUUCUAUUUUAAUUCCUGCGCGCAGUA